AUGGCUCCGGGUCGAAACCGCGGAAGUGGACGUGGCCGCGGCCGCGGCCAUGCAUGGUCACUGCCCGUACGUAAUGGCGAUGCCCGCCAGCAGCGAGACCAGAAUCAUCCUCAGAACAAUGCAAGCAAGCCAAAACAGACAGAGGAGCAAAUUCAAGCCCGGUCGGCCUUCUUCGAAUGGCAGGCCCUGCUUUCAAGUGACCCAUCCUAUGAUAAACUGGAUGCUCACCGAAAGCUUGCCCGCUUCUGGGCAAGUGCCCUGGGAGUACUGAACAAUAACUUCCGCGAGUGGCAUCAGUGGCUAGCCAAAGAUUUGGUCAGUGACGAGCUGAGCGGUCUGAAGUAUGUGCGGUCGACCAUCAACUUUCAGGCAGAAAACGAAACUGUAAAGUUGGAUGUUGUCCGGCCGUUCCUCGAGGUUAUCACUCAUCACGAGCUUCUGAACUGCCUCUCGAUUGAGGCACAUGUAGGCACCAUCUACAGCUUCAUUUGUGGCUCAGAUGGCACAAGAGCAGUUGAUUUCAUCACCAGCGUCUGUCAAGAUCUUCUCAUACUCGCAACCAAAGAGCCCAAUGAGAAAGCACGACAUGAUGGCAAUCAAGUCCUGCGCCUUCUCAUCGAAGCAAUAGAGCAGCUUCUGGAGAAAGAGAUGAAAGCUCGUCUCAACGAUAACCUUGGCCAGAUAUUUGAUCUUUUGGAUCGAGUUUCCGUAAAGUUUAAUCCUGACGAGCCAGGUGGAGCAACUUCAGUUGUCACUCCGUUAAGAAGAUAUGCUGGCCGCUGCGCAAGACUGGCCAAGGGUCUAGCCGAGACCCAGCCAUCUACCAUCCCGACUAGACCCUCUGCGGUCCAGUCAACAUUUCCUCUACAGCUCUCCCGGGCUGGCGGACGGCACGACAACGAUCACGAGGAUAUCACCAAGAUCCGGCUGCUUCCCACCACUGCUGAGAUAAUGAGUAACGAGGCUGAAUAUUUACCUUCCACAAACUGGACUGUACCGCACGUCUUUGAGGAACCUGUUCAGCGACAUCUGGACACGCACUUUCGUUUGUUGCGGCACGACACGUUCGGACCAAUCAACAUGCUACUUCACGGUUUCAUGCUCAACAAAUGCUCUCUCUCCUGGCUCCAGAAGCAAGAGACCAGGGCUCAUGCUUACUCUGGGGCUCACUUGAAUCACAUUUUUGUGGAUAAGCGGGGUCUUGGGAUCACUUUAUCAUUUCUCCGGCCGGCAGACACUCGCAAGCUAUCAUUGGCAGAGCAGCGAAAAUGGUGGGAGAGUUCAUCUCGUCUGGAUGACGGUGUUCUUGUGGCAUUUGUUGUCUCUAGUGACAGCCAGACUUCUGUUCUGUUCUUUACCGUCGCACCAGCAUCUCAAGACACCCGGGGGGGAAACAGCAAGACCGACGGCGAAGCGGCCGAUGGCAAGGUUGGAAGCAAGAGCCAUAUGCUGGUUCCCAAUCAAGGCCUCCCCCAAGUCGCGGUGAAACUCGUGGAGAGAACAGAUCAAGAUACAAAGCUCCUAUUGAGGCUUUACGAUGAGGGUACCGAGGGAUUUCUCAUCGAGUUUCCCUCGAUUAUCCCGGCCACAUUUGCUCCCAUCCUGAGGAAUCUCCAAACGAUGAUUGGAAGAUGUAAUCUCGCAUUCUCUCGCUGGAUUCUACCCAUGGCAGAGGAGGAACAGCAGGACUUGAGCGCAGUCAUCCCACCUCCUGAGUAUGCUCGGGCAAGCGGUUUCAAGUUUCGAUUGGACACCAUCACCACAGACAGAGAUCCUCUCGAACUUGAUCCCUCCAGCAGUCUGGUUGACAACGAGGAGCUUUUCAGAGUGCUCGAGUCUCGGACUGGACUCGACAGGGGCCAAUGCGAGGGACUUGCAGCCGCCCUUACCCGUGAGUACGCACUCAUACAAGGGCCUCCGGGUACUGGAAAGUCAUAUGUUGGUGUUCAGCUGACGCGUGCACUGCUGGCGUGCAAGUCCAAAGCAUCCCUUGGCCCAAUCAUGGUAAUAUGCUAUACCAACCAUGCCCUCGACCAGUUUCUGCAGCAUCUCAUGGAAGUUGGGAUUGAUAAAGUCAUUCGAAUCGGUGGUCGGAGUCGCGUGCUAGCACUCGAGGGUAAGAAUUUGCGGGCAGUGAGUAUGCAUGGCGGGCAUAAAACCAAGCUGGAGCAGAUGAUCGUCGGGAGAGCACAUAGCAAUCUGGAGACAUACUCGAACCAUCUUGGAAGCUUGCUGGGACAUUUGCACCCACGACGCAAAUUUAGAGGGCGCCCAAAGUGGGAUUCCCUGCGGCACUUUCUCAAAAACGAGUAUCGCUCUAUUUACAAUCAGCUUUCCAACCCAGAUAAGGAAGGAUUCAUCACUCGCAGUGCUGACCCUUUGGCUGCUUGGCUUCAUCGGGGCUCGAUACCACAGAAACUUGACCAUGUUACUUCUGGUGCUUCUGGCGGCAUUAGCCAGCUCAUCCAGAGAGCCGAAAUCAACAUCGACUCGCUCACAGGUACUGAACGUCAAGCUCUGGUUGUGGCACUCCAGGGAGAGGCUCUUGAUUACUACAGUGCUCGGAUCAACACGGGCCUGGGCCAGAUGGAAAAAGAGCAGCAGAACAUCAAGAAUGCUCACCAGGAUGUUGAUCUACGAGUUCUACGACAAGCUGAUAUCAUCGGUGUCACCACCACCGGCCUGGCCCGAGAUAUCGAAAUGCUGCGCUUGGUUGGUUCUAAAGUAGUGAUCUGUGAAGAAGCCGCAGAGGUACUCGAGGCUCAUCUGCUUUCCGCCAUGAUGCCACGAGUGCAGCACCUGAUCCAAAUUGGUGACCAUCAGCAGCUCAGGCCGCAGGUUACGGACUAUGAUCUAAGCUUGGAAUCGUCAAAGGGUCUCCUAUUCCAGCUCAACCGCAGCCAGUUUGAGAGACGUGCGGUUGGUGAACCAGGCAUGGCGUCUAUACCUUUGGCCAAGCUCAAUAUACAGCGGCGAGCCCGUCCAGAAAUUUCAAGGCUUUAUAGAAUCCCGCUGUACCCGGGUCUCAAGGACCAUGAGGACGUCUUGGGCAAUCCCAAUGUGGUCGGCAUGCGCAGGAAUCUAUUCUGGCUGGAGCAUGACCACCAGGAAGACAAAAUAGCCGGCCAGAACCGGUCGACUUCCAAGACAAAUCGGUGGGAGGUCGACAUGGUCGUGCCCCUGGUCCGCCAUCUGGUGCGUCAGGGUUCGUACUCUCAGUCAGACAUUGCCGUGCUCACGCCAUAUGCUGGGCAGCUGCGAAAUCUACGAAAAGCUCUGAGUAGUGAGUUUGACAUCUUUGUGAGUGAUCGAGAUGAGGAGGCUCUUGCUGCGGACUCGCAUGGGAAGUCCGACUCGGAGGAGGCGACGCAUCAAACAGAAUGGGACAAGGCGUUUGUUCGAAAAUCCUUGGCCGAGACUCUCCGCCUCGCGACCGUUGACAAUUUCCAGGGAGAAGAGGCCAAGAUAAUCAUCAUUUCGCUGGUGCGGAGCAAUCCGGAAAACAAGGUCGGUUUCCUGCGAACAUCGAAUCGCAUCAAUGUUCUCCUCAGCCGGGCAAGGUACGGCAUGUAUAUCAUUGGGAACAGCGACACCUACCUCGCCUCUGGCGUCCAAAUGUGGCGAGAUGUGUACCAACUCCUCCAAGAGGAAGGAAAUGUUGGCCGUGCCAUAAGUCUCUGCUGUGAUCGUCACAAGGAUACACCCAUCGAAUGCUCCACCCCAGAAGACUUCCACAUCAAGAGCCCUGAGGGUGGCUGCGCUCUUAGCAAAACUCUCAAGUGCGGCCACCGCUGUCCAAGUGUUUGUGGUGAAGAAUGUCGCGAGGGUUGUUGCCACGAGUGUCGGGACAAGGAGGACUCUAUCGUGGAUUACAUUGAGUUCAAGACCUACGCUGAAAUCGACGUCAACGAGACUCCGAUAGUGGUCCUGUCUUGCGGCCACAUCUUUACAGCAGAGUCUUUGGAUGGCCAUGUUGGCAUGCAUGACGUCUACGUUGUCAACCAAAAGGGUGAGUAUACGGGAGAGAAGGACAUUUCCUCUGACCUUGCGAAGCCCGUACCUGGCUGCCCGGAGUGUCGUCGGCCCAUACUCCAGUUCUCAACGAAGCGGUACAACCGCGUCAUCAACCGCGCCGUCAUGGACGAGACCACCAAGCGACUGUUAGCAAAGGGCCGCACCUUGAUAAAAGCCCUCGAGACCGAGUUCUGUAGGAUACAGGAAGGCCUCCAAAAGACGCGGGACUGGGUUGUGGCCAGUAUUGUGACACCCGCCGCUCUCUCAAAAAUGCUCAACGGUCGCCACGAUGAAGCAUUCAAGCUCAUCCGUCGAGCCAAGGCCCUCCAAGACGGCACGCGGGCCGAGAACCAACCUACGAAGAAGCUGGGCGAUGCUAUCAAUCAGACGAAGCGCCUUCAAGGCAGAAAGGACCAAAGCGAUGGCCACCGCAGCGCCCAGCACGUCUUCACGGUAGAGAAGGAGAUCUUCUACAGCGCGGCAAUCAUAAUGUACCAGAUGCAAGAUGUCAAGCUGCGCGACACGGUGAGCAUCAGAAGCCGCGUCCGCAACCUCGCCGAGUCGGGGCAGGCGGAAGCUGUGCUCAGGAAAGCGACCAGCAUCGCCCUCCAAACCUGCGCCAGGCUCGUCAGCGAGAGCAUGGCGGACAAGUUCCCCCGCGCGAGCGUCCAGCUGACGCUGUGCUAUGCCAACAUGACCAAGGCGCUCGAGGCGCACGCAGGAGGCGGCGACAAGAUCGUCGAGCUUGCCGACACGGCGCGCGCCCUGCUUGGCGCCGCCCGCCGGUUGUGCAACGAGCUGCGCUUCGAUGGCGCCCCCGAGCUCGGAGCUGCAGUUGAAGACUCCCUCCGGCUGUUUGAGGACAGGUACGAGGCCGUCACGGCCAAGGAGCUGGACGAUAUCAAGUCGGCCAUGGUGAGCGGCCCAGGCGGCAUCGCGACGCACUCUGGGCAUUGGUACAAGUGUCAGAAUGGUCACCCUUUUGCGAUAGGCGAGUGUGGAAUGCCCAUGGAGCUCGCCCGCUGCCCAGAAUGCGGAGCCAACAUUGGUGGUCAGAACCACAGUGCUGUUGCCGGUGUCGAACGAGCUAGUGAGAUGGAGUAG